AUGACGACAACUAAUAGUAAGAGUAAGAACACGAAAAAAGAUGGUGCUGAAAAAAAGACGAAGACGUCGAAAACGACAGCCAAGAAGAAAAGUUCGACGUUGACUAUGUCGAAAUCUCAGACUUCAACCGAUCAGAAAGAAAACGAAAAGGAGAGAAAACGGGACGAGAAAGACAAAAUUUCGGAUAACAAGAAGGCGAAAGAGGAAACGGUUGGGAUGGAGAAGAAGAAGGAAAAGAAGGAAAUAGUGAAAGAAAUUCCGAAAGAACAGCCGAAAGAUCAACCGAAAAAGGAAAAAAGAGCUGAAGACGAUGCGAAUAAGCCGAAUGAGCCGAGUGGAAUGGAUGUGAUUGUGAAAGAAGACGAUAAGAAGACAAAAAUGGAUGAUGGAUACGAGGAUUUCGGCCCGGGAGCACAACAAAGUUGA